AUGGAUAUCCUGGCCGACCGUCCGGCGUGUUUAAUUUCAACGCCCAGCCGUCUCUCAUACCAGGAUACAGGUGCGAUAUCAAAUACAAUGAAUUCAACACUAUACUCGAUAUCUCCUGGGACUUAUUGGGAGCAAUAUGAGGAAGUUUCCCGACAUAAUGCACAUCUCAAUGUUGUGGAGAGACUUUGGUCCGCGUGGUAUGCCUGGAUGCAAAAUGAUGUUCUUGCAACAGGCAUCAUGUCAUUUGUGAUGCAUGAGAUUGUCUAUUUCGGCCGUUCUCUUCCCUGGAUAUUCAUCGACACUUUGGGCUUGUUUAAGAAUUAUAAAAUCCAGAAUAAUAAAAUUCCUUCACUUAGGGAGCAAUGGGAUUGCGCCAAGUUUGUCCUUCUUAGCCACUUCACUGUGGAACUUCCGCAGAUUUGGCUUUUCCACCCCAUGGCUCAGUUCUUCGGUCUGUCUACGUCGGUUCCUUUUCCCUCUGUUUGGACCAUGAUGUACCAGAUCGCCAUUUUCUUUGUUCUUGAGGAUACAUGGCAUUAUUUCUCUCAUCGCGCCCUCCAUUGGGGCCCUUUGUACAAGGCUAUCCAUAAAAUACACCACCAGUAUUCGGCACCCUUCGGUAUGGCCGCCGAAUAUGCGUCGCCUAUUGAGGUUAUGAUUCUUGGGUUUGGGACCGUUGGAUGCCCCAUUCUUUGGUGUGCAUUGACUGGCGACCUGCAUAUCUUUACGAUGUAUGUCUGGAUUGUCCUACGACUCUUCCAGGCCAUUGAUGCGCACAGCGGCUAUGAGUUCCCUUGGAGUCUUCAUCAUUUCUUGCCUUUUUGGGCUGGAGCUGAUCAUCAUGAUCUUCACCAUGAGAAAUUUGUCGGCAACUAUUCGAGUAGCUUCCGGUGGUGGGAUUAUCUUCUCGACACUGAAUACACGCCUGAAGCUCUCAAGCGCCGGAGGGAGGGCAGGAUUACAAAAAAGGCUCAGUGA